AGCACGCCAUGGCACAAGCUUUUGAAAUGGAUGACAGUGAGAUGACCAAUGCUAAUUUCCCCAGGGGCUCCAGAAGAGACUCUCAUACAGCAUCACGGUACUUAUUUCGGAAGCAGAACAGACAGGGCAAUGGCCAACCUAAAGGAUUCCGAACCACAUCUCCAAUGGGAAGAGUAAUCCUGAUAAACUCCCCAUUAGAAGCUCACAGUGAUGAAAGUGACUCAAUCCUUGCUAUCACAGUGGAAAAAAGCCGUGAUGGAAAACUUGGAUUCAGUGUGCGUGGAGGCUCAGAACAUGGCCUUGGAAUAUUUGUUAGUAAAGUGGAAGAAGAAAGCACUGCUGAAGAAGCAGGUUUGUGUGUUGGAGAUAAGAUUACGGAGAUGAAUGGCAUUAGUUUAGAGAACAUCACCAUGGGAAGUGCUGUCAAAGUCCUUACUGGGAAUAACCGCCUCCGUAUGAUGGUGAGACGCAUGGGAAAAGUGCCAGGGAUUAAAUACUCCAGAGAAAAGACCACAUGGGUGGAUGUACUGAACAAGAGACUGAUCGUAGAAAAGGGCAGCUCCACGCCAUCAGACAGCAGCUCAGAAGAUGGAAUGAGAAGAAUGGUGCACCUAUACACAUCAUCUGAUGACACUUGUUGGGGGUUUAAUAUCAGAGGAGGGAAAGAAUUUGGACUUGGUAUUUUUGUGUCCAAAGUUGAUCCAGGAGGAAUAGCAGAAGAGAAGGGUGUCAGAGUGGGAGAUCAAGUCCUUGCAGCCAAUGGAGUCAACUUCGAAGACAUAAGCCAUAGCAAGGCAGUGGAAGUGCUAAAGGGUCUGACUCACAUCAUGUUAACUAUAAAGGAGACAGCCAUGUACCCGGCGUACAAGGAAAUGAUCGCAGAGUAUUGUUGGUACAGUAAAUUGUCUAAUGGCCAAUUUCAGCAACUCUCACAAGCCUCUGAAACCAGUUCUUCUAUUUCUUCCUAUUCAUCUGGAGCUCCGUUAAGCUCAAUAAAUGGAUAUCACCAAGCUCUGAUCUCUAGCCCAGCAUUGUAUGAGCCAGGGAUGGUGGAUAUAGGCAUUUCUACAGAUGUCUUUGCUGAGGAGACCUUGUUGGGCAGAGCAGAAACAGCCAUGCAAACAGACAUUAAUGUGGUUCCAUCUGGGCUCUCAGAUCUUGACGGAACUCCCAAGUUGGGGAGAACUGUAUCAGAGAGCAAGAGAACUGUGCAUCCCACGGUGCUUUUGAAGGAUACUGCCAUAAGAACAGAAAGUUUCCUUGAAUCACAGCACAAGAGGAAGCAGAAAAGAGGCUCCAAUGAGGAAUAUUCUAGGGCAGAGUCUUUAAAAACAGCCUUAUUGUUGGCACUCAGUAAACCCCGAAGGCCUAUCAAAAGAUCUCAGAGUUAUCUAACUGUAUUGGAAGCCAAGAAGAACAAGAAGACAGAGAAACGUGCAGCUGCAGAAAGUGGCAUCACCUUGAAACGUUCAAAAACUUUCAUGAACGUUUUUUUUAAAGGCGGACGAGGCAAGCAAACUGGAGAGGCUGCAACUCCAGAAGCGCAGAGAAAAGCUAAAUCUCAGCCACAGAAAGACCAAGAAAAAGUUAAUAUUGUUCAGAAGUUUAUGACCAGAAGCUUGAAAAGGGGAAAAGAAUGGCGUCGGCCUUUUAUCUUUGGAACACAAAAGGACCAGAAUGCAGUUCAUAAUGGAGACAUGCAGUUGUCAGUGGAUGACAGGUUGGCCGUUACUGAAGACAUGGCCUUAAAACUACUGAACAAAGACGAGGUUGCAGCUGUACUGCGCCACUGCAGAAGGUACAUUCAGGAAGGUGGGAUUGAAGAUCUGGUGAGACCUCUGCUAGCAAUUUUGGACCGCCCAGAAAAGCUACUACUUUUACGAGACAUACGAGGUUUAAUCACUCUCACGGAUCUGGGCAGAUUCGACAGCAUGGUUAUUCCUCUCGAGAUGGACGCUUAUGACGCGCUAAAAAGCAGAUCAGUGACCCCCACCUCAGUGACCUCUCCUGCACUCAGACCUGCUACUCACAGUGAGACGCUUCCCAAAAAACAUCUGAUCACACCAGUUCCAGAUUACAGAGGAGCCUUCCAUCUGAAACCUGUGGAUGAUUCAGAAAAUGAAAUAAUGUUAGCCACAGAAAUGGCUAGGUUAAAAGUUCCAGACCUAAACAAUGGCAGACGGACAAUUUCUAAAAACUUUACCCCACUUGAAGAUGUGCCAGUUGAUUCCUACGGAGAGCAACGUGUAGCUUCAAAACAGUCUUCCCCCAAUCCAGUAAGACCAAACUGGCUCCUUACAGAAUCCACAAAAGUGUCUUCCGAUGCAGUAUUCAAAGAAGAUAUAUCUUUGCCUUCCAAAAAUAAAAAGGAAGAAAAAAGCAAAAAUGGUGUACUCCAAACUCUAAAAGCUGCUCGCAGUAAAUCCAAAGAACGGAAAGACGAUGCCUAUUCUGUACUCAAUAAAUCCAAGAAAUCUAGGCCACUCUUGUCUCAAAUAUUUGGCGGUGUUUCUCUAAGUCCAUCAAACAUUGAUAUCAAACUAAAACCUAUAAAUAAGGAGGUUAGGCUGGGAGGGAGAGAUCACUCUGAACAAAAUGGCCACCUUGAGAAGGAAGAGGAGUACGAGGUGUCAACUGUCACAGUCUCAAAGAUGAAGCAGUCAUUAGGCAUCAGCAUCUCAGGUGGCAUUGAAUGCAAAGUCCAACCCGUGGUUAAAAUAGAGAAGAUAUUUCCAGGAGGUGCCGCUUCUCUCAAUGAUGUUCUUCAGGCCGGCUAUGAACUUGUCUCUGUUGAUGGGGAAACCCUACAGAAUGUGACACAUCAACAGGCAGUUGACAUGAUUCGCCAGUCUUACAGUAAUAAGCUUAAGGAGCCAAUGGAAAUUGUGGUUAAAAUACCCAAAAAAUAAGAACAAUAAACAGGUUUAUGUUUGGUUCGUAGAAAUUGGUCUGUAUGCAAAACCAAAAAGAAAGUCAUUUCUGAGGGCUGAGCUUGGG